UUACGGGUCAAAUUUGAACUCGGUCUUUUCGAUAAUGCGAUGCCCGACAAAUCUUUGAUGGCAAAUUUCGGAAAAGCCGAACAUCAAAAGAUCGCGCUCGAAGCCGCGCGUGAAUCGAUCGUUUUGCUCAAAAAUCAAAACAACAUUUUGCCGCUCCCGAAAAACAAAAAAGUUCUCGUCACGGGUCCGACUGCCGAUUCAUUGAUUUCACUCAAUAACGGUUGGACUUACGUCUGGCAAGGUUCGGAAGCGUCGCUUUACCCGAAAGAUAAGCCGACCAUUCAAAAAGCCAUCGAAGAAAAGCUCGGCGGAAAAAAUUUCGAGUUCGUGCAAGGCACACACAUCGUUCGCAAGCCGAAUUCGACUUCAAAUAAUAAUCCGACCGAUAUUGACGAAGAAGUAAACGUCAAAAAAGCGGUUGACGAAGCGAAAGACGCGGAUUACAUCGUGCUUUGUCUCGGCGAAGGUUCUUACACCGAACAUCCGGGCGACAUCAGCGAUCUGACUUUGCCUGAAAUACAGUUGAAAUUUGCCGAAGCGAUCAUUGAAACGGGCAAACCCGUGGUUUUGGUUCUAGCCGAAGGUCGUCCGCGCAUUAUCAAUCGAAUCGCGGAUAAAGUUUCGGCGAUUUUGCUCGCGCUGAAUCCCGGCAACGAAGGCGGGCGCGCUGUUACUGACGUGAUUUUCGGCGAUUAUAAUCCGAACGGAAAAUUGCCGUUCACGUAU